UCCAAUUAUGAAGACUUCAAACUUACCAAAAACAGACCACCACUCCACCACCGAGUAAAGCAAUGGCAAUUCUCAAUCUCUGUCUCUCUCCAAAAUUCUGGAACCUCUCUCAAGUCAACACAUUCAAAAACAUAAACUCAGCCCACACAAAUUUAUAAACUUAAUUUCAUAAAGUUUAUCCAAAAAUGUCAUCGCCGGCGCCCUCUUCGCCUCCUACAAACACCACCGCCCCACCGCCCGCUGCCACCUUACCUCCGACGACCACUCCUCCACCUGCUCCCACAAGGUCUCCACCGCCUCCGACACCGCCAACUUCAGCGCCGCCUCCGACCACCUCCUCCCCGCCGCCGCCGGUACCGUCAGCUCCUCCUCCGUCGACGCCUACAACCCCGGAAAGCCCCCCACCGCCCACCACCACCCCAUCGCCGCCUGCCCCGACCGUUCCAUCUGGAUCCCCUCCGUCUCCGCCGGCGCCCUCCGGCGGCGGCUCUCGCUCACCGCCGCCGCCGCCGAUUAGAAGAGGGUCUCCGCCUGGCUCGCCCGUGCCACCGCCGCCUUCGAAAGACUCGGGGGUAUCGACGGGGUUGGUGGUUGGGAUUGCUCUGGGAGGCGUUGCAUUGCUAGUGAUUCUGAUCUUGCUGUUUAUAUUCUGCAAGAAGAAGAAGAAGAGAGUGCAGCAACAUGACUAUUACGUGCCUCCGCCGCCUCUUCCCUAUAAAGCUGAUCCCUAUGGUGGCCAAGUACAAAAUUGGCAAAACAAUGCUCUCCCGCCGCCUCCUCCUCAUCAAGCCCUUACAAUGCCUCCAAAUCCUACUCCCCCGCCGCCUGUUGGUGCUUCGAGGCCUCCACUCUCACCGCUUCACGCGGCUCCUCCUCCUUACAUGAGCAGCAGUGGAGGUUCUGGUUCCAAUUACUCAGGCCCUGAAACGCCCCUUCUGCCGCCUUCACCUGGCUUGUCUUUAGGCUUCUCGAAGAGCACAUUCACAUAUGAAGAACUGGCAAUGGCAACGCAGGGAUUCUCGGACGCCAAUCUGCUUGGGCAGGGUGGCUUCGGUUAUGUGCAUAAGGGAGUCCUUCCAAAUGGUAAGGAGGUCGCAGUUAAGCAGCUGAAGGAUGGAAGCGGACAAGGGGAGCGUGAGUUCCAGGCGGAGGUCGAGAUCAUUAGCAGAGUGCAUCACAAGCAUCUUGUCUCUUUGGUUGGAUACUGCAUCACUGGAAUUCAGAGGAUGCUUGUCUAUGAGUUCGUUUCAAACAAUACCUUGGAAUUCCACCUUCAUGGUAAGGGAAGACCAGUGAUGGAUUGGGCAAUGAGGUUGAAGAUUGCUCUAGGUUCAGCAAAAGGACUUGCAUAUCUGCAUGAGGAUUGUCAUCCAAAGAUUAUCCAUAGGGAUAUCAAGGCCUCUAAUAUUCUUCUGGAUUUUAACUUUGAAGCAAAGGUUGCAGAUUUUGGUCUUGCAAAGUUGACUUCUGAUGCAAAUACGCAUGUCUCUACAAGAGUGAUGGGAACUUUUGGGUAUCUGGCUCCAGAGUAUGCUGCCUCUGGAAAGCUAACUGAAAAGUCUGAUGUGUUCUCCUAUGGUGUUAUGCUUCUCGAGUUGAUCACUGGACGCCGGCCUGUCGACUCAAAUCAAACUUACAUGGAUGAUAGUUUAGUCGAGUGGGCUAGGCCGUUACUGACCCGCGCACUUGAUGAUGGGAGCUUUGACUCUCUCAUUGAUAGAAGGCUGGGAACAGAUUAUAAUAGGAAUGAGAUGGCUCGGUUGGUGGCGUGUGCUGCUGCCUGUGUCCGUCAUUCUGCAAGGCGUCGGCCAAAAAUGAGCCAGGUGGUGAGGGCCUUGGAAGGAGACGUGUCACUAUCCGAUCUGAACGAAGGAAUCACGCCUGGACACAGCACGGUAUACAGUUCUAAUGGAAGCUCGGACUAUGACGCAGCGCAAUACAACGAGGACAUGAAGAAGUUCCGGAAAAUGGCGCUGGGCACGCAGGAGUACGGAAGCAGUGGCCUAUACAGCAAUCCGACAAGCGAAUACGGGUUGAACCCGUCUGGCUCGAGCAGUGAAGGCCAACAAACAAGAGAAUUGGAGAUUGGAAGGAGAUGAAAAGGUUUCAGCAGUGGUGCUUGACACUUUCCUUAACAUCAACCGUGUAUGUUCAUGCAAGGUUUCAAGGAUUGCAUGUUUUGCCAUUUUCAAUACAUAAUUUUUGAAAUUCUUCUUUUUUCUUUCUAAUAUUAAAUUGUAUUUAUAAUGUGUUAUAAAAAAGCUCAUAUAUAUUCUUUUAAAGUAUUUGAUUAGUAUAUUGUUGGUUAGCCGUUUGGCUUUGUUUAAA